UCGGAGCCGCGCUGAGUGUCUGUCGCCUCAUAUUGAAUUUCAGCGCGGCGGUAGAACGGUUUCUCCCCGGGAGAUCAGGUUUAAAGCCCUCCCUCCCUCCCUCGCCUCUCUCUCUCUCUACACCUCCUCUCUUUCCCUUGUCCAUCACAAGCCUCUCUCCUCCUUUUUUUCUUCUUUUCUUCCUCUCUACACAUCCGCGCUCUGGCUGGAAGUUUUCCGCGGCGGAGCUGCUCCGAGGUCCGCGGUCCGCGCUGCGCCCGGAGCGUCGGAGGCAUGAAGCGGCUUUAGGACACAUAAGAAAGAGGAGAACGAGGCGAAGGGAAUAAAACACUGAGACCAACAGGAACCAGGGACGACGUCCAAGGGAGCCCUGGGUGCAACUGUGGAACCUCUGUCUUCUUGAGAGAGCCUCUCUCCUCGGGAUUUUAUGGCUGAAAUGCUGAAUCCACCGGGCCUGCUGACUAUGCCCCGGAGCCCCACGUCCAGCGAGGAUGAGAUGGCCCAGAGCUUUUCUGACUACUCCGACGACUGCGCCUCCGACAGCUCCCGCGAAGAAACCAUCUACGAGACCAUAAGGGCCACGGCCGAGCCAUCGCAGAACCGCAUGGACGACAUUCACAUAAACUCGCUGGUCGUCCGGGUCCUCAUCCCCGACCUGCAGCAGACGAAAUGUAUGCGCUUCAACCCGGAUGCGACCGUCUGGGUUGCCAAGCAGCGGAUCCUGUGCACGCUCAAUCAGAGCCUGAAAGACGUGCUCAACUAUGGGCUGUUCCAGCCGGCGAGCAACGGGAGGGACGGCAAGUUCCUGGAUGAAGAACGCAUCCUCCGGGAAUACCCCCAGCCCAUCAGCAAGGGAGUCCCGUCUCUGGAGUUUCGCUACAAGAGCAGAGUCUACAGGCAGCCCAACGUUGAUGAGAAACAGAUCGCCAAACUUCACACAAAGGCCAAUCUGAGGAAGUUCAUGGACCUCAUUCAGCACAAUCAAGUGGACAAAGUGUCUAAGAUGUUGGAGAGAGGCUUCGAUCCCAACUACCAUGACAGUGAGACCGGCGAGAGCCCGCUGACGUUUGCCGCUCACCUGGACAACAUGGUGGAGAUGAUCAAGGUCCUGAAGAACGGAGGAGCUCAUCUGGACUUCAGGGCUAAAGACGGCAUGACGGCCCUGCACAAAGCUGCACGCUCCAAGAACCAGGUCAUACUGACGACGCUGCUGGAGCUGGGAGCUUCUCCAGACUACAAGGACAGCCGUGGUCUGACUCCUCUGUACCACAGCGUGGUGGUGGGGGGGGACCCGGGCUGCUGCGAGCUCCUGUUGAACCACCACGCCUCCGUCUGCUGCCAGGACGAGAACGGCUGGCACGAGGUUCACCAGGCCUGCCGUCACGGUCAUGUGCAGCACCUGGAACAUCUGCUGUUCUACGAAGCAGACAUGAGCGCCCAGAACGCCUCGGGAAACACCGCCCUGCACAUCUGUGCCCUGUACAACCAGGAUAACUGUGCCAGGGUGCUGCUUGUUCGUGGAGCUGACAAGGAAGUGAAGAACUACAACAGCCAGAGUCCAUUUCAGGUCGCUAUUAUCGCUGGGAACUUUGAGCUCGCUGAGCUCAUCAAGAACCACAAAGAGUCAGAUAUAGUGCCUUUCCGCGAGGCUCCAGCCUACUCCAAGCGCAGACGGGGUCCGGCCUCUGGUGACGGCGGUGGAAACGGCCAGUCUCCCUCCUCGUUGUCGGCGCCGCGGGUCCUCCUGCGCUCCAACAGCGACAACAACCUAACGGUCAGUCAGUACCAGCAGCAGCAGCAGCAGCACGGUUCUCCUGGCAGCUGGGCCCCUCAUCUGCAGCAGCACCAACACGCCCAGCCCCACUCGCACCGGGCUCCCCAGCAGGGUCACUCGCAGCCUGGCUCCUCUGCAUUGCAUCGCAGCCUGUCACCCCAGCUGCUCCAGCAGAUGCCCAGCGGCAGCCCCAAUGGCAACGUGGUGGUCCGGACCAUGGGGAGGGGGGCACGGAGCCGAUCACCCUCCCUCAGCCGGCUGGGGGAGGAGGCCAGACGGGCCGCACCUUCACAGCGUCAGCCCAGUCCCAGCAGCCACGGCGACGCCGUAGGCACCAGGAGGAAGCUGUACAGCGCCGUGCCGGGGAGACACUUCGUGGUGGUUCGUCCUUACACCGCACAGGCCGAGGGGGAGAUCAACCUCUACAAGAGCGACAGGGUCAAAGUCCUGAGCAUCGGAGAGGGGGGGUUCUGGGAGGGCAGCGCCCACGGCCAGGUGGGCUGGUUUCCAGCCGACUGUGUGGAGGAGAUCCCGGCCAAGGCCACCGAGGAGAGGAGCUAUUCCCGAGCGGACCGGGCCGACAGGAGGAAGCUCUUCAGACACUACACUGUGGGCUCCUACGACAGCUUCGACGCCUCCAGUGACUGCGUGGUGGACGAGAAGACGGUGGUGCUCCAGAAAAAGGAGAAUGAGGGAUUUGGCUUCGUCCUGCGGGGGGCAAAAGCGGAUACGCCCAUCGAGGAAUUUACUCCCACGCCUGCCUUCCCCGCCCUGCAGUACCUGGAGUCGGUGGACGAGGGGGGGGUGGCAUGGCAGGCGGGACUCAGGACGGGGGACUUCCUCAUCGAGGUAAACCAGGAGAACGUGGUGAAGGUCGGCCACAGACAGGUGGUCAACAUGAUCCGACAGGGAGGAAACCGGCUCCUGAUCAAGGUGGUGACGGUGAGUCGGAAUCUGGACCCAGAGGACACGGCGCGCAAAAAAGCUCCUCCUCCACCAAAGAGAGCCCCCACCACGGCCCUGUCCAUGCGCUCCAAGUCCAUGACGUCUGAGCUGGAGGAACUCGUGGAUAAAGCCACUCUAAGGAAGAAGAAAGGUGACAAAGUAGAAGAAAUGACACACGCCCAGAAGACCUCGCCUGUCGAUAUGAAGAUCGCCACGAUCAAACCGCGCCCAUCCAGCCGCUGCAUGGUUACCCCUACUGACAUGAAUUCUAUGUAUCACGACCGCCAGGGAGUAGCAGUGGUGCCACCCACUGUGCCAGGGGCCUUCCUGGGGAUACCUGAGAAGGGAACAAUGAAAAAGCAAAAGUCCAUAGGCACAUCAGAGGAUGACAAACAGGGAUUCCUCACUCCUCCCUUACUCAAGUUCUCCCGCAGCCUCUCGAUGCCUGACACCUCAGAGGACAUUCCUCCUCCCCCAGCCAUUUCACCUCCUUCACCACCUGCCUACAACUCCACUGCCGGGCCAACACCCAAGAGCUACGGCACCACACGACCGAGCUUCACCCAGAACUCACCCAACGCGGUGACAACCAUUGGCCGAACCACAGACGUUGGUACGUUAAGGCGUGGCUAUUAUCGCCAGAGCUCUGAACAGUUUGAGAGCACCCGUAUCCGAGGGCGCACACCUGUGCCCGAGAACCCUUAUUCUGAGGUGGGCAAUAAGACAUUGUAUGUGCCGGCAAAACCAGCACGAAGGAAGGGCAUGCUGGUAAAGCAGUCUAAUGUUGAGGACAGUCCCGAGAAAACUUGCCACAUGCCUUCGAGCCCCUCGGGUCCGGUUUCCAUGCCUACCACGCCUGUAGAACGAACCUGCUCCUCCAUCCCUAUCCCUACCAUCAUCGUCAAGGAGCCCUCCACCAGCAGCAGUGGUAAGAGCAGCCAGGGUAGCAGUAUGGAGAUUGAGCCCACCACCCCUGAACACCCACCUCUCACGCCCACGGUUGGUGGAAGUGGAGGUUUGCGUCCUGAAGACCCCCUCUCUCUCAGUAACCCCUUCGCAGCAGCUAUUGCUGGUGCAGUGCGGGACCGGGAAAAGAGGCUAGAGGCAAAAAAGCACUCAAUUGCCUUCCAGUCAAUAGACAUAGGGGAUGACGAAUUGAGUGGUCCUGCACCAACCCCACGCCUUCGCCAGUCCAAGUCCAUUGAUGAAGGCAUGUUCAGUAGUGACGAACGUCUUCGAAGGAUAUUGGCUCCUUCUAUAACACAGCUCGGGCGCCCUGUUGGAGGCGGUAGUGGCAAUAUGACAGAUUUCAACACUCCUGAGCCCACAGUGGUUCGGGAGCCUCUAAACACGAGAACAGGUCAGUGUCCCAACCUGGACAGUCCUGUUAGUCUCCCAGCCACUCCCCCUAAGAGCCACUACAGGGCCAAUGGGACCUACCUCCAUCCUGUUACUGGAAAACCUUUGGACCCCAAUUCCCCUCUAGCUCUGGCCCUCGCAGCCCGUGACCGAGCCAUGAAGGAGCAACAAAACCAUCCUCAAAAUCAGACACCAAAUCCUCCUCAGGUUCAACAAACCCCGAAGCAUGAAGCCCAGUCGCUGCCAAUUCAACAGAGUCACAAACCGGACCUCAAUCAGCCGCUGUUCAUUGACACCAAACUACGCUCCGGAAUUGAGACGAGUUUCGCUGCGAUAUCCACAGCAACCAUGGGACGGCCGGGCCGAGGUGGCCUUCGGAGGCAGAUGACGGAGCAGAAGUACGAGUCUGAUGGAGCACGAGAGGAGCGGCAGCAUCAGGCCGUCGAGGAGAGGAAAAGUGCACCAGCGGAUGUGACGGACACAUCACAGCCAAAGUCAACUGGGUUAUUGAUGGUCCACACAAGUACAGACGCAAACAACAAGGUCAACAGCCAAGACAUGGAGGGACAGGACAGCAACAGGCCAUCUGAACUCAAGGACCCCAACCAGCCCGACCCUCCAACACUGUCCUCCAACCCCCAGCCACCUGGAUCACGGAGGAGGAACGUUCCUUUAGGUGAAUCUUUGGAUGAGCCGGUGAAAUUGCCCUUCCGCAUCCCUCCCCCUCCUCUGGCCUCGGUUGACAUUGAUGAGGAAUUUGAAUUCUCAGAGCCCCUCCCCCCACCGCUGGAGUUUGCAAACAGCAUUGACAUACCUGAUGACCAGGCUAGUGCCAUUGCAGAGAUGCUUCAUCAACAGAGACGGAACGGGGGACCUCCUCUACCCCCAUACCACCCUCACGCCCCUCCAUCUGUGACUGAUCAUCACAAAAGGUUGACCAAUAGCAUGCCCCCUUCGUAUCCACCUCCUCCACCUGAUCCAGAGUCAGGGGUCGGAGACUCAGGCAUCGAAGAGGUCGACAGCCGCAGUAGCGGGGAUCCUCAGCACAUGGAGACCACCAGCACCGUUUCCAGCAUCUCCACCCUGUCAUCAGAAGGAGGCUUCUGUGACAGCGCUCUGGAGAGUCUCUACGCCGCUGCAGAUGGACAUGCCUUCCUCGUGGAUCGGCCCCCUGUGCCACCCAAACCCAAGAGCAAGUCCGUCAUCAACAGAACAUCCCUCUAUCAUGACGCUCUCAUCGAAGAGCCUCCGGAGUCCUUUGGGUCACCGCCACAGGCCCCUCCUCCGCCCCCUUCAUCUGAACCUCCUAGGACUCCUACUAAUAGGACAUCCAAGCUGUGGGGCGAUCAGCCCCCUGAGCUCCGCAGCCCUCCAUCUACACCAGACACCAAGAACACCGUUGUCACCGAGCUGAGUUCCAUUCUGCAGCAAAUGAAUCGCGACCGGCCGACCAAGCCAGGAGAUAGCCUCGACUCCCCGACGGGGACCAGGGGGGGCUUCGGAACAAGGCUGCCCACAGAUGACUCAGGGAUGCGUAACAACGCCGCCGCCGCCGCCCUCACCUCCACCCCUCCCAGCAGCCUCCCAUCCCAGACUCACCCCUGCAGCCCGCCAGACUCCGCCUCCUCCCUCACCCCCUGCUCCUCGCUGCCUCCGUCCGUGUCCCCCACCCUCACCGACGUCUUCGGCCUCCCCACCCCGCCCAUGGGCAGCGGCGGCGGCUACAGCCUGAGCUCGUCGUGCGGGGGCAGCGGGAGCUCGCGCUCCCCGUCGCCGCUCACGCUGCUGCAGGCGGUGGCGGCCUCGGGGAAACCCUUCGCCUCCAAACCCAUGGAGCUGUGGAGCAAGCACGACGUGGCGGACUGGCUGGAGAGCCUGAACCUGGGGGAGCACAGGGACGCUUUCCUGGACAAUGAGAUCGAGGGCGCCCACCUGCCCUCGCUGCAGAAGGAGGACCUGAUAGACCUGGGGGUGACCAGGGUGGGCCACCGCAUGAACAUCGAGAGGGCCCUCAAGCUGCUGCAGGACAGAUAAACCCUGAGGAGGCAGGGGGUGUCACUUCUACCGAUCUCUUCAUCUCAAGUCGUGGAACUGGCUACAAGUUCUUGUCCAAGCUGAGCUGCCUCCUGCUGUUCUUGUCCUCCUCCUCCUCCUCCUCCUCCUCCUCUUCCUCCUCCGCUGUCGCCCUCAUCUCAGUGCUCCGGUCUCGUUCGCCAUCUUCCUCCUGAUCUCGGGACGUGUGGAGGACCUGCAGGAGGAGAGAGUAGAGGAUAGCUGCUACGUCACAUCCAGGAGAUUUAAAAACUGACUCUGGAUCCGUUUGGAGAAUAAGAAAACUACUCGUCUGGAGGUUUAUUUCUCAUAAAGACUCGCGCUCACCCGACUGCUUUGGAAUACUGAAAACUUUUUCCAUUCACCCCGGUGCGGGUGCAUGAAGAACCAGCUGAGCUGGUCGUUGCUCCUUUUCUAUCUUUGCUAGAGUUUGUUCAGAGAAUAUUUCUUCACUAGAGUCCUAACCGGAGUUAUAUUUCUGGGUGCAUCUAAGGUUGUAGAGAACAAUUUGAGAUAGACUCCAUGUUUACGUUACCUUUUUUUGUUUUGCUUUUUUUUUUUUUGCUUUUCACCUGUUUGUGUCAAAAUAUUAGCUGAUGUGUUUUAACUGAUACUAAAACCGCACUCACACACACACACACACACACAAACACACAAUAUGCACAGUGACACACACAGGAUGAGAAAACACACUGUCUUUACUUGACACACACACACAUCAUGUUCCUGCCAUGGCCUUCUUCUCCUGCAAAGUGUGAACAGAGGUGGUCCUCUGCAGCAGGGGGCCCCUUGGUAACCGUGGUAACCUGGGUAACCUUGGUAACCUUGGUAACCUUGGUAACCGAGGACACAAGGUGCACAAUGGACGUUGGACCUGAAUAGAUUCUCACCUGGAACACGUUUGGACGUCUCCGGCUCCAGAACGUCCUCGUCCUCACUCGGCCUUUCCUUCUAGCUCCUCCCCUGUGUGUGUGUGUGUGUGUGUGUGUGUGUGUGUGUGUGUGUGUGUGUGUGUGCGUGUGCGUGUGCGUGUGUGUGUGCGUGUGCGUGUUUGUGUGUCAAACCCAAAAUGUCACCCAGGGCCAUUUUAGCUAUUUCCAUGAAUCUGCUAUUUAGGCCACAGCAUAAGGAAACUAGAACUGUUACUUUUGUACUCCAUCCUGUUGAGUCCUCCUCCUCCUCCUCCUCCUCCAUUAGCAGGUCAGCACUUAAAGUAACAGUACUGGAAGUGAGAGGACAUGUAGAAAGAGCAUUGCAAGGUGGUGAAAUUAUUUUUUGGGAAAUACACUUCUUCUCCUUGUUGCUCCUAGAAGCUUUGAUCGGUGUCUCUGGACGUCCAGGUUCUCUUCCAGGAUUUGGGAAGUUUGUUUCCAGCCACUUUAAAAUGAAGGUUUGUGGUUCAUCCGUUCAUUUUCUUCCCCUCAUCCGAGGUCCGGUCAUGGUGGCUGCAGGCUAAGCGGGAGCUGGGUGGUGGUGGUUUCUAGAUGUCCGCUUCCACUUGAAACACAGUCCUGUUCUUCCUGGAGGAUUCCCACAUAAAUAGAUAUAAAAUCCCUCCAGCAAAUCCUCAACUGGCCCCUUUCGUUAGGAAGGAGCAGGACUUCCUCAUAGGCCCCGUUCAGACCUGGUCUCCCUGAAGUUCCUGUUUAUAUCUGGUAUUAAUUCAAACGUGUCCCCAGUCAGAACUUGAGCUCUGAUCUCUGUAUCUCUAGAUGUUAACCCUCCAUCGUUCCUCUGGUGGUUUAUGGGACAGCAGCAUCUUUCUGAACCAAUCAGAGCUCUGGACACGAGUUGUGUUUGAGUUUCAUUGAUAAAAGUCAUGAUAGGAUUUUUGUGAUGGAAACUUCAGAGUCUUGUCUUUCAAAAGAGACCAAGACCAUGACUGAGCUCCAACAUGUUCAUGAACAACAUUCAGUUUGAUUUGGGUCCUAAACAGACUGGAAUGAUGAGAGGUCUGAACGGGGUCAUAUUCACUGUAACGAAUGAACUCGUUACCACACUCCCUCCAUAUUUUUAGAAUUAAUUAAUUAAUUAAUCAGUCAAUCAGUGUUUUUUUCCCCUUAACAUCUCAGCUGUAGUGGAGCCAGACUUCUAAAACUCAGGAACACAUUUCAUGAUUUUCUUUUAGAAAUCUUUAAUAAGAGACAUGAACCGGGACAUUGUUAUUAUUAUUAUUAUUUAUAUUAUUAUUAUUAUUAUUAAUAAUAAUUAUUUAUAUUCUUUUUUGGAGGCGAGGGAGUAAGAGUCAGUCAACAAUAAGCUGAGCUUAACAUAAAGAACAGAAGCAGGUGGUAAACAUGCUGCUUUAAGCUAAGCUAAGCUAAGCUAAUCAGAGUGUCAUCGAUCUAACUCUUGGUAAGAAAACAACGUGUGUGUAUUUCCCAAAAUCUAAAACAGUUUUAAGGUUCUAAUUGGAUCAGAUUUUCAGGAUAUUUGAUGUAAGACUGAGGCUGAAAGGUUGAGAUUUGAAGAGUUUACAACAAAAACAAAAAGCUAAAACUUUAAAGACUCAGAACCUCAACCUCAACGUUUAACUCAAAGCUUCGGCUUUUUUUGCGUUGAAUUUUCUCCAGAUUUAAACUUAAAUCAUAAAUGGUCCCAUUUCAAACUUUAAAAAUGUAUGAAUCUGUGGGUUUAUCUUGUGUGUUUGCUAGCAGACCGGAGCAGAAGUAGAGUCUGUGUUGAUAUGUGUAUAUAAGAGUGUUUAAGAGGAUUAUGAUGAAAAUAAAGAAAUGAAUCAAAUGUCUAUUUGAGUAUAUGUAGAGCUCUAUUAAAAUGUUUAGAGGGGA